CAGGAGGCGGGGCGUCGAUUGUGCUAUGUAUGUUACAGAUACGCAGUGUUCCAAUGUGUUGUACAAUGUAUCAGUGGCUCAGUAUUAACCUAUUCCUUUCACUUUGACGAGCAGAGUUCACUAUGUGCCCUCAGUCCAAUAGGAUCACUUUGUCUGCAAUGAUCACCAUGUGAGUUUGACCUCCCUGUAAAUGACUUCCUGUUUCUUUCUGUGCCCUGAGAGUUGCACUUUUACCAAGAAGACUUCACAUUAUUUGCCACAUGAUGACAUCACCUAAAAAUCUCAGUAAAUUUUGGGAAUGGGGGAGGAAAAUAAUCUGUGUUGGAAGAAACUAUGCAGAACACGCUAAGGAAUUGAAAAAUGCAGUCCCUACUGAACCAGUCCUGUUUCUUAAACCACCAACAGCCUAUGUGAAGGAAGGUUCUCCAGUUAUCAUGCCAUACUACAGCAAUAAUCUUCAUCAUGAAGUGGAACUAGGGGUUGUGAUUGGAAAAGGAGGAAGAAACAUAUCUCAAGCAUGUGCAAUGGAACACGUACACGGUUACGCUUUGUGUUUAGACAUGACAGCCCGAGAUGUACAGGAUAAAUGCAAGGAGAAGGGACUUCCUUGGACUUUGGCAAAAGCAUUUGACACCUCGUGUCCUAUCAGUGAUUUCAUCCCCAAAGACAAAAUACAAGACCCACAUAAUCUGAACAUAUGGUUAAAGGUCAAUGACAGCCUCCGACAAGAAGGGAACACUUCUUCAAUGAUCUUUUCCAUUCCAUUUCUAAUUAGCUACAUCAGUAAAAUAAUCUCCCUAGAAGAAGGAGAUCUCAUUCUCACGGGAACACCAAAAGGGGUGGCUUCUGUCAAGGAAGACGAUGAGAUGAUGGCAGGAAUUGAUAAUAUCAUUAGUAUGAAAUUUAAGGUUGAGAAACAGUCUUAGCGGUUUAAAAUGUCCGUUCAUGUGAUAACCAAUUGAAAGCUGCUUCGGGAAAGCAAUAACGUUUAGGAGGUGUAGCAGUGAUUUCUCUAAGUUCAUCGAGUUAUGGCGGUUCAUGUGAUAACGAUGAUUUUGUUUGUUUAACAUUGAGAUUUAAUUUGUUUUAUAAAAUGAAAUAAAUGAUCCAAAUCAUAGUUAAAUUAUAAAAUAACAUGCAGUUAUGAUACAAGCCACAAGGUGGAGCAAUGAACUUAGUAUUUUUUACAUCUGGAGUACAUGAUCUGCAAUAUAUUCAUAUACGGCUACUUUUUUUUUUUUUUAAUCUCCACUUAGAACACAUGUGAAAGGUUUGAUGUUGAGCUAACUAUGAAUGUAAGUUUUUCUAAAAGGCCAGAGCAGAUG